AUUCUACUUUUACAUUUACUGAGUUUGUACUGAGUACUUACCUUUUUCACCAUCCACCAUUCACGCACAUGCUCAAUAUUUGCAGCUAGCACUUGUUCUAUGGCUUCGCGCAUUGUGCAAAGCAAGAACUAUUUGUGUAACAUUACACAACUGAUCCCACACAGCGUUCCCCAGCACCAGCCCGAAUCCCUGAUUGUUUCUGCUGCAUUCGCCUCCUUACCACGAUCACAGAAUCAUGCGGCAUUUGUAUCUGGUGUUGCCUUGCAUCGGAUUCCCCAGCGCGCGAAAAUAGCGCAAAGAUGGAUUGUCUGCAGUGACGUCGUGACCAGUCUCAAGCCUUUGACACAUAGUCGACCGUGUGGUGCGGGCCAGUUUUCACGUGGUGUGCACACAACUGCUGCACAUGCGCAGCCCAAUGGUGAAACGGUCAAGUGUAACCCCAAAAUUAAUGCCAGUCAUGCCGAGAAAAUUAAAAUAGAGUUCCCACUGAAUGACACUCACUACGACAUUAGUUCAAGUCGGAAUGACGAGAGAAUCAAUACAAGAGACCGGUUAAUUCGCAAAGUUAGACAUAUCAUCCAAUGCAAAUAUGGACCGAGAUAUGACGUGCAGCCCUAUGGAAGCUCAGUGUAUAUGCCAAUGGAAGUCCUGUCAAAAACGGGAAAUGGAGACCUGGAUCUUGUCGUGCUUGAUACCAAUUGGCCUCAAGGUUUUUCUCCAGAAAUGGACAUGAAGCAUCUACCUUCCAUCUACCAUACUAGAAAACUUGCUUUGACAAUGCGAUAUGCAGGCUUUACUGAUGUUGAAGCAAUUCCCUGGGCUCGGGUUCCCAUUGUUAAGCUCAUUGAUCCUGCAUCUGGGCUUCACAUCGACAUAAAUGUGAACGAGAGGCUGGGAUUAAUGAACACUGGCCUUAUCAAGACAUAUUGCGAUAUUGUACCCAGCCUUCGUUGUUUAGUAUCUGCCAUCAAAAAAUGGGCUCGUCCAAGGGCCCUCAAUCGACCAUCUGCCUCUGAAGCAACUCGAACUUUCAAUUCCUAUGCAUUGGUGCUUAUGACGAUUGGAUGGCUCCAGACACGGGACUUAGCUCCAAAUCUACAAGCUGACCUUCAGCCAAUGGAAUCCAACGAGCAUCUAUUCUGGAUGCGGCCACCAAAACCAUCCAAGCGGAUACCUUGUGACAUACGAUAUCGCAAGCCCACCAAGUGGGUAGCACCGCGCAUCGAUUCCCUGGACAACCUCGUAGAGCAAUGGUUCGGGUUCUGGGCUCAAUUUCGAUUUUCGCACCAUGUGAUAGACAUCAAGCGGGGAGGCAUUUUCCCCCGUAUUUCGCAUUUCGAAGAAACUGCGGAACUUGACCAUGUCUCCCGAGGUCCUCGACCUGAACCCCACAACAGUUGGUCAGCAUUUCUCGGUCCAGAUGUGGAUUCGAAGACAAUGCUAGAGAGCUAUCCUAUUUCUGUCGUAGACCCAUUCAUUCGAUCAAGAAACGUCACCAGGGGCAUUAACGCUCAAGCAUUGCGCAUGUUUCAGGAUGAGUGCGCGGGUGCUGUCGAGUUAUUGAAGCUCGGCACUGAUAUGACGGACAUCAUUGAUGGAUUUAACAUGCUCAAGCAGGAUUACAAUGGACAUUGGACGACUAGGCUACAGCGGAGUCGAAAGGACCUUCACGGCCAGUCCACAACAAUCCUGAAAGCGCAUGCUGAGGAGGCUGAUGCUAUUCCUCGCUGGAACCUUGUUUCACGACAGCCACCUAAAUCGGCUGAUGUUCUGCGACACAAGGACUCAAAACGUAAUGAUCUAUCUGUUGAUGGAUCAUCAUCAGACAGCCUCGAACCGUCUCAUAUAGCAAAUGAGCAAAUCAGGGACGAUGAAGAAGGCUUUGGGCUAAAGUCGUCUUACUUUCAGAAGACUCGUCGCGUUUGAAAGGCACGCAUUGCACAGUGGCACGCACGGGGUGCCCUAACGCGUCUAAAGAUCUUGCUGUUACGACACUCCUCACAGCAUAUAUACCCACAUUACCUCAUGGCGUGGGGCAGUGUUAUGAUGAUCAACGUCGGGCACCCGCCGGUAGUGGCGUCCAAACCAGUGCUAACUUGAUGAUAGUAAGCAGAGAUCAUGAGAAGAACAGUAUUAAUAUUGCGAAUGCUGUGACGGAAGAUAUCUAACGGCGACCACAUCAUAUGCGUACAAUGAGCCAAUAAGACGGAUAGA